AAUUACGGUCCACCCGGCACUGGGGAAGAACGGCCUCCGGGCAGCUCUCAGCGGAACUUUCCUGUCGGCGGCGCGUGUUCCCGUCCGGGCGGCCGGGCGCGCGGUCCAGGAGGGGGACACUUUGUGGCGCGGACCGCGAGAGGAGCCUGCGAGCGCCGCCGCCGGAGAAGACCGACUCUCGGCCCGAGCCAGCCCGCGGCGCCCGGGCCUGGCCGGCCGCUUCCCGCCUCAGCCGCCACCUCCGCCCCCGCCGCCGCAGACGCAGCCGAGCAGGAGAAGCGGGAAGCGCAGCCAGUUGGCCCUGCCCGGCCCGGCGCGGCCCGGAGCCGCGGCGCAGGAGGAAGCCGUCACACUUUCUUUUCCACUGUGGUUUGGGAGCAUGAAGGCGUUGCUUACCCCCUUUGUCUGGUUCACUGUAUGUAGGCUGGGAGUGUCUGCUGAUCACUUGGAGUGCUGUCCCCUAGAACAGGAGGAAUAAGAUUGAGGACCCCUGCAGUGUACCAUGAGUCGGUAAUGCCCACUGAGGACCUCUGGGAGCCAUGUCAGACGAAUCCGCCUCAGGGAGCGAUCCAGACCUGGACCCGGACGUGGAGCUGGAGGAUGCGGAAGAGGAGGAGGAGGAGGAGGAAGUGGCAGUGGAGGAGCACGGCAGGGAUGACGCGGAAGACCUACUGGAUGACCCAUCCCUGGAAGACAUGUGUGGCACUGAGUGUGCCCAACUGGAGGAAGAUGGGCAGCGGCCACCGCGGUGCACUUCAACUACCUCAUCUCAGUCUGAGCCUUCAGAGCAGCUUAGGCGCCACCAAGGCAAGAGCCUCACCUCCGAGGACCCCAAAAAGAAGAGAGCUCAGAAGCCCUCCCACAUGAGGAGAAAUAUACGAAAGCUGCUCCGGGAGGAUCAGUUGGAGCCCGUUACCAAAGCAGCACAACAGGAAGAGUUGGAAAGAAGGAAACGCCUGGAGCAGCAGAGGAAGGAUUACGCAGCCCCCAUUCCUACUGUUCCCCUGGAGUUCCUUCCUGAGGAAAUUGUCUUAAGAGCAAGCGAUGGUCCCCAACUGCCUCCUCGGGUCCUGUCCCAGGAAGUCAUUUGUUUGGACAGCAGCAGUGGCAGUGAGGAUGAAAAAAGCAGUCGAGAUGAAGUGAUUGAACUGAGCUCUGGAGAGGAAGAUACCCUGCAUAUUGUGGACAGCAGCGAAUCUGUCAGUGAGGAAGAUGAGGAAGAGGAGAAGGGUGGUACCCACGUGAAUGAUGUCUUAAACCAGCGUGAUGCUCUGGGGCGGGUCCUUGUCAAUCUGAACCACCCUCCGGAGGAGGAGAAUGUCUUCCUGGCCCCACAGUUGGCACGGGCAGUGAAACCUCAUCAGAUUGGUGGGAUCCGGUUCCUGUAUGAUAAUCUGGUUGAAUCCCUGGAGAGGUUUAAGACCAGUAGUGGCUUUGGCUGUAUCCUGGCCCAUAGCAUGGGUCUGGGGAAAACUUUGCAAGUGAUCUCCUUCAUCGACGUCCUCUUCCGCCACACGCCAGCCAAAACUGUCCUUGCCAUUGUGCCGGUUAAUACUCUUCAGAAUUGGUUGGCAGAGUUCAACAUGUGGCUUCCAGCACCUGAAGCCCUUCCAGCUGACAACAAGCCUGAAGAAGUCCAGCCUCGGUUCUUUAAAGUUCACAUCUUGAAUGAUGAGCACAAGACAAUGGCAGCUCGUGCUAAAGUGAUGGCUGAUUGGGUAUCAGAGGGUGGGGUACUACUGAUGGGGUACGAAAUGUACAGACUCCUCACCCUGAAGAAAUCCUUUGCCACAGGUAGAUCGAAGAAAACCAAGAAACGCUCUCACCCGGUCAUCAUUGAUCUGGAUGAGGAAGAUCGACAGCAGGAGUUUCGGAGAGAGUUUGAGAAGGCCUUAUGCCGCCCUGGCCCUGAUGUGGUGAUUUGUGACGAGGGACACCGCAUCAAAAACUGCCAGGCCAGCACCUCACAGGCCCUGAAGAACAUUCGCUCUCGCCGCCGAGUGGUGCUGACCGGGUACCCCCUGCAGAACAACCUCAUUGAGUACUGGUGCAUGGUGGACUUUGUGCGCCCAGACUUCCUCGGCACCCGGCAGGAGUUCAGCAACAUGUUUGAACGCCCCAUCCUGAAUGGGCAGUGUAUUGACAGCACGCCUCAGGAUGUCCGCCUCAUGCGGUACCGGAGCCACGUCUUGCACAGCCUCCUGGAAGGCUUUGUGCAGAGGAGAGGCCACACUGUGCUGAAGAUUCAUCUACCUGCCAAGGAAGAAAAUGUGAUCCUGGUGCGGCUCUCAAAGAUCCAGCGAGAUUUGUACACACAGUUCAUGGACCGUUUCCGAGACUGUGGUAGCAGUGGCUGGCUGGGGCUGAACCCUCUCAAGGCUUUCUGUGUGUGCUGCAAGAUCUGGAAUCACCCGGAUGUGCUGUAUGAAGCCCUUCAGAAGGAGAGUCUGGCCAAUGAGCAGGACCUAGAUGUGGAAGAACUUGGCUCAGCUGGGACUAGUGCUCGCUGCCCAUCACAGGGAAUAAAAGGCAAGGGGGAGGACAGCACCUUGGCUUCCUCAAUGGGAGAAGCAACCAAUAGCAAAUUCCUACAAGGGGUUGGCUUCAACCCUUUCCAGGAGCGAGGCAACAACAUUGUCACAUAUGAAUGGGCCAAGGACCUUUUGACUAAUUACCAGACUGGGGUCUUAGAGAACUCUCCCAAAAUGGUAUUGCUUUUCCACCUGAUUGAGGAAAGUGUGAAGCUUGGGGACAAGAUUCUCGUGUUCAGCCAGAGCCUUUCCACUUUGGCUCUCAUCGAGGAAUUCCUAGGGAAACGAGAAGUGCCCUGUCUACCUGGUGCUGAUGGGCAAGGAGUACAGAAGUGGGUUCGAAACGUCAGCUACUUCCGGCUAGAUGGUAGCACCCCUGCCUUUGAGAGGGAGCGGCUCAUUAAUCAGUUCAAUGAUCCCAGCAACCUCACCACCUGGCUAUUCCUUCUGUCCACAAGGGCUGGAUGCUUGGGUGUGAAUCUGAUCGGUGCCAACCGAGUGGUGGUGUUUGAUGCUUCUUGGAACCCUUGCCAUGAUGCCCAGGCAGUGUGUCGGGUAUACCGUUAUGGCCAGAAAAAGCCCUGUCACAUCUAUCGCCUUGUGGCUGAUUUCACCCUUGAAAAGAAGAUCUAUGACCGACAAAUUUCCAAGCAGGGCAUGUCAGAUCGGGUGGUGGAUGAUCUCAAUCCAAUGCUGAACUUUACCCGGAAGGAGGUGGAGAACCUACUGCACUUUGUUGAGAAGGAGCCAGCUCCCCAAGCAUCCUUGAACAUAAAGGGGAUCAAGGAGCCAGUACUCCAACUUGCCUGUCUGAAGUACCCUCACCUCAUCACCAAGGAGCCUUUUGAGCAUGAGUCACUGCUCCUUAACCGAAAGGAUCACAAGCUGACCAAGGCUGAGAAAAAAGCAGCAAAGAAAAGCUAUGAGGAAGACAAGCGCACAUCCGUCCCCUAUACCCGCCCAUCGUAUGCGCAGUAUUACCCUGCAAGCGACCAGAACCUGACCAGCAUCCCUGCUUUCAGUCAGAGAAACUGGCAGCCAACACUGAAGAGUGAUGAGAAGCCUGUGGCCAGUGUUCGUCCUGUGCAGUCCACCCCCAUCCCCAUGAUGCCCCGGCAUGUCCCACUGGGAGGCAGUGUAAGCUCUGCCUCCAGCACAAAUCCAGCCAUGAACUUCCCGAUCAACUACCUACAGCGCGCGGGGGUCCUUGUGCAGAAGGUGGUCACCACAACAGAUAUUGUUAUUCCUGGACUCAACAGCUCCACAGAUGUACAGGCGAGAAUUAAUGCUGGUGAGAGCAUUCACAUCAUCCGUGGGACGAAAGGGACAUACAUUCGCACCAGUGAUGGGCGGAUCUUUGCUGUCCGAGCAACUGGCAAACCGAAGGUACCAGAAGAUGGUCGGAUGGCUGCCUCAGGUUCCCAGGGGCCUUCUCUCGAAUCCACAAGCAACGGCAGACACAGUGCCUCAUCACCCAAAGCCCCCGACCCCGAGGGGCUGGCCAGGCCCGUCUCUCCAGACAGCCCGGAGAUCAUCAGUGAGCUCCAGCAGUAUGCAGAUGUGGCUGCCGCCAGGGAAUCCCAACAGAGCUCCCCAAACUCCAAUGCCGCCCUGCCUGGCCCCCCGGCUCAACUCGUGGACAGCAGUGCUGUUCCUGGGACAGCUCUCGGGACUGAGCCUCGACAUGGGGGUCAUUGCCUCAAUAGUUCCCUCUUGGUGACCGGCCAGCCCUGUGGUGACAGGAACCCAGUGUUGGACUUACGGGGCCAUAAGCGAAAGAUGGCCACGCCACCUGCUGCCCAAGAGUCAGCCCGCCGGCGGUCCAGGAAAGGCCACCUGCCAGCCCCCGUGCAGCCGUACGAACACGGGUAUCCAGUUUCUGGCGGGUUUGCCAUGCCACCCGUCUCCUUAAACCAUAACCUCACCGCUCCCUUCACCUCCCAGGCUGGGGAGAACUCCUUGUUUAUGGGCAGUACCCCCUCCUACUACCAGCUGUCCAAUUUGCUGGCAGAUGCCCGCCUGGUGUUUCCAGUGACUACUGACCCUCUGGUGCCAGCAGGCCCCGUCAGUUCCUCCUCCACGGCUACCUCAGUCACUGCCAGCAACCCCACCUUCAUGCUCAACCCGUCUGUUCCAGGGAUACUACCCAGCUAUUCACUCCCAUUCUCACAGCCACUCCUGUCCGAGCCGAGGAUGUUUGCGCCUUUUCCUUCCCCUGUCUUACCCAGCAACCUUUCACGGGGCAUGUCUGUCUACCCAGGCUACAUGUCCCCACAUGCAGGCUACCCUGCUGGCGGCCUCCUCCGGUCCCAGGUGCCUCCAUUUGACUCUCAUGAGGUUGCUGAGGUGGGCUUCAGCUCCAAUGAUGAUGAGGAUAAGGACGAUGAUGUGAUAGAGGUCACUGGGAAAUAGCUGGGGAGCCCCUCUCCACCUCACUCGGGGCCCCCCAGCAGGUUGCCCACCAAGCUGAAAGGCAGCAAUCUGGGCUUUCUGAGAAUAGGGCACUUGGCAGGAGGGGAAAGGAAGAGGGCAAAGAAAGGUGGUUGACUGUAGUGGCAGGGCUCUGUUGCUGUGUAACAAAAGAGGCAAAAUAAU